CCUUUCCUUCUUUUUUUCUUUAAAUAGGCUUAUUGUUAGAAGUAUCGAAAGAAGGGGGUUGUGGUAUUUCUCCCACCGCCGGCUUUUCACUCGCUAACUUGUUGAGUCUCUCUCUUGGCAGAUACAGUGCCCAUGGGAAACGUUUUAUGACAAUUCUAAAUCUUUUAUGUGGAUAUUAUUUUUCAAUGACCUAUAAAAGUUUUGUAGUAAAAAGAAGUAUCCGUUGUAAUAUAUUGUUGUAGCAUUGUAGUGUGAAAUGUAUGUGACACUCGUUUUUUAUGAAAGAUUUAUACAAUUAAGAUUGAUAUUUUAAGUAAUCUAAAUAUAGAUGCCUUAAUAUCCACAUAUCUUAUUAUCUAUCGUAUAAGAAAAUAAUAAAAAUAGAUAAGAAAUUCUCGGUGAAAUAUCGAUUGUGUAAUAUUCAGAUCAAAUGUGAAUGAGCAGCACAAUUGUAAAAGAAAUGAUUUUUUUAGCGAAGUAGAGAGACCACUUUGGAGGAAAGUUUUUUAAAAAGUUUUUUACGUAAACUGUAAUUUUUUUAACGCUGCUAUUAAAAACGGUCUAUUCUUAUUGUUUCAUAAUAAUAAUUACAUUAAAUCUCACGUAACGUUACUAAAGUAAUUAUGUAAAAAAUGAGCCAUAUUUUUAUUUUAUCUUCUUUGGCGUUUUGAAUUCUUGCGCAAAAGCCGAUAAUUGCGAAGACUGAAGUAAUUAUUAAUGCCAAAAUAUUUUAGCUUUAUGAAAAUUUAUGUUUUAAUGCCGAUCUCAAAUAGAUUUAAACUUCAUUAAAUUAUAUUUAUCUGUUUGUAAUAUUGGCGAAUUGAAAAAUUAUUCUUCUUUUAAAAACCGAUAUCAUAUACAUAGACAUACAAGAUGAUAAAAAUCAAGAUGAUGAAAUGUUUUCAUGUAGAGUGUUUUAUGGCUUUCCAUAGUGUAACAAAGUUUUUUUCUGUUCUGUUAAAAAGCAACACGCAAAGUGCAUUGAAUGUAACUUGCGCAAGAUUGACGAUUCACUUAAGGGAACUCUAUCUCUCAAAAUCGUCUUACUCUUCGCCAAAGAAUCACUUUCUACUCCCGUCCGCCCAUGUUCCUGAUACGCCAUAUGCAUAAGAGGAAACUUCUUUCCUAUGUAUCUUCCUAGACGACAACGAAGACAUCGGGAUAGGCGAUUUCUGAAGCGUGCAAAAUCCUAAGAAACUAGACACGUGCUGAAAACUCGACGAGCUUAUUUUUGCGCAAAGGACGCUCAGUGAAAUACCGCCUGCAAAUAAUGAUGAUUAAAUAGUUGAACUCUCACAGUGCUACUUCUAGUGAUCACGCUCGCGAGAACAUCAAUCGCGAUCGAUUCAACAAGCGAGACAAUCGUUUCUUAUCGAAUAGAAGAAUAUUCAAUUUUACCAUGAGUUUUUGGAUGAAUUGUCCGUCCUCGUUGUUGCUGUUGCUGUUAGGCCUGAGCCUGCAUAGCGCGUGCAUCACGCGAGCGAACGUCGCCGGCCAGCAUGGUGGCCAGGACAAUGGUCACGAUGAUCCUCUGUUGGUGGAGACUACGAGCGGCUUGAUGCGCGGUUUCUCCCGUACAGUGCUUGAACGCGAGGUCCACGUAUUCUACGGAGUGCCGUUCGCGAAACCCCCCGUCGGUCCGUUGCGGUUUCGCAAGCCGCUGCCGAUCGAACCCUGGCACGGAAUCCUGAAUGCUACCACAUUGCCCAACAGUUGCUACCAGGAGCGUUACGAGUAUUUUCCUGGUUUCGAGGGUGAGGAGAUGUGGAACCCAAACACCAACAUCUCUGAGGAUUGUCUCUAUCUAAACAUCUGGGUGCCACAGAAGCUACGUCUACGUCACAAACCUGAGUCACAGGACAACGCCGGUAAUAAUGGCAUGGCGAUAUUAGUAUGGAUCUACGGCGGCGGCUUCAUGAGUGGUACUGCCACUCUGGACGUUUAUGACGCCGACCUUAUGGCAGCGGCCGGCAAUGCAAUAAUCGCAUCGAUGCAGUACCGAGUCGGUGCUUUCGGCUUUCUGUACCUCAAUCAGCACUUUACCAACAGUGAGGAGGCACCGGGCAAUAUGGGCCUUUGGGAUCAAGCUUUGGCUCUCAGGUGGCUGCGCGAAAAUGCGCGCGCUUUCGGCGGCGAUCCCGAUUUGAUUACAAUUUUCGGCGAAUCCGCAGGCGGCAGUUCGGUAUCUCUACACCUGAUCUCACCAGUUACACAGGGUCUAGUACGCCGGGGGAUUCUUCAAAGUGGCACUCUGAACGCCCCAUGGAGUUACAUGACCGGCGAAAAGGCGAAUGAGGUGGCCCGAGUAUUGGUAGACGAUUGUGGAUGUAAUUCGACGAUGCUGCAGGAAAACCCGGCGCGAGUUAUGGCCUGUAUGAGGUCGGUGGAUGCAAAAACCCUCUCCGUGCAGCAGUGGAACAGUUAUUGGGGCAUCCUCGGCUUUCCGUCGGCGCCCACUAUUGACGGCGUCUUUCUACCUAAGGAUCCGUUGGACUUGGUCAGGGAGGCGGACUUCAAAGACACCGAGAUCCUGAUUGGAAAUAACGAAAACGAAGGUAGGGACAUCAGUGUGUAUGUAUGUAUAUAUGUAUGUGUGAGAGUGUUUUACAGUGGCAUUAUUGUGAUGCUAUUUAUGGCCGGUGGCGCGGUUAAGCCACCAGCAUACUAUAUGGCUGGCUUUUUGUGAAUGAAAAUAUGUGUCUACAUGGCUUUACAUGGCGUUCUUUGGAUUACUAGCGGAAAGAUGUGAAAUAAGAGAAUUUUUAUAAAUCUUUUAGAUUUUUUAAUUACGAUUAUUUUAAUAUGUUGAUAAUUCAAUUUGUGCAUCGAGACUCAGUUUACGAUCUAAAAAUAUGAGUAUAUAAAAAUAAUGGCUUGUGAAGAUUACAUUUAUCUAUUGACGCGAUUUUUCUUCUUAUAUCACUUUCGAUUCAGUAAAAAGAAGUUUUUUUCUGCAUAACAUAUGUAUUAUGUAUAUAUGUAGGAUUCACAUGUAAUUAUUAUACAUAUACAAAAUUUGGUAUAUACAUUUGAGA